AUGCCGAAGGAUCCUGGCUUGCGGGUUUACAAAAUUUACCUAGAGCGUGAAUUGAAGCCGUGCGAUCGUCAACUUACGCCGCCACUUGUUGCCUACGUGUAUGUAAAGUUUACGAAUAUCAAGUGCGUGUCCUAUGAUAAAGCUUUCGCCGAUUUUCGCUAUUGCAAACUGAAAGCUUUGUCACCCAAUAAAGUUGCACUCUUCUUGCAUGUGCAGCUCUUCCAGUUGCCGGUGAAUAAUGUCAGUAUCAAUCUGGACGUUUAUCGGAAGGCGAACGGUUAUCGUCCAUUUCUGUUCAAUAAAACAUCGGAUUUCUGUCAAUUUCUUAGGAAUCCAAAGAGAAUACCACUGGGAAAAAUCCUUAUGGACAUCAUAGCUAUGUAUUCCAACAUCAAUCACACCUGCCCGUACAAUCAUGAUAUCAUCGUUAAGGAUUUCAUAUUAACCACUCAGCACGUGCAGCUGUUACCGGUGCCCACGGGUGAUUACCUCUUGAGAAUAUCUGUUGGUGCAUAUAAUGAGUUUAAAGCUACGGUCAGUGCAUACGUGCAGAGGGUGGAGGAUUAG